AUGGAGGUAGAGUCAGCGAGAGCGAGUGACAGCGUCAGCGAGAGCAGGUGGUCGAAGCUGGCUGUGACGCUUCCCGUCAGGAACGUCCAGGCUCUGGCGGCGUCCACCGGCGAGCUGACGGCCGAGGUGAUUGAGCGGUACAUACAGCCGGACAUCGACGCGUUCGCUGUUCUCGAUGAGCACUCCGACGAGGUUCCGGUGAUCGACGUCAGCAAGCUUUCGAGCCCCGAGUCCGUCGAGGCAGAGGCCGCUAAGCUCAAGUUUGCCUGUGCGGAGUGGGGAUUUUUUCAGGUUGUAAAUCAUGGAAUACCAGAUGAGGUCAUCAUGGGUAUGAAGCAUGACAUUCAGAAGUUUUUUCAACUCCCCCCCGAUGUUAAGAAUGCAUAUGCUCAGCGGCAAGGGGAUCUUCAAGGUUAUGGUCAAGCGUUUGUUGUCUCUGAUGAUCAAAAGCUAGAAUGGGCUGACAUGUUUGCGCUCUUCGCCCAACCACCCGAAGCCCGUGAUAUGAGUUACUGGCCAUGUGAACCCCAUACUUUCAGGAAUUUUAUUGAAAAGUACUCUUCGGAGGUGAUGAAACUUGCUCAUUCUCUUGGCGUCUUCGUUGCAAAAACACUAGAUCUUAAUCCUGAAUUGGUUGAAGACAAACAUGUGGCGCAAUUUCUCAGGAUGGGCUACUACCCUCCAUGCACGCCAAUGCCAGAAAAGGUUUUAGGCUUCAAACCGCAUUCUGAUAUGUCAUUCCUAACUAUUCUACUGGAAGUUAAUUCAGUUCAAGGCUUACAAAUUAGAAGGCAUGGUGCAUGGAUACCUGUGAAACCAUGUCGCGACGCACUAUUGGUGAAUGUGGGUGACCUUCUUGAGAUUAUGACAAAUGGGAAGUACAAGAGCAUUGAGCACAGGGUUACCAUAAAUGCCCACAAGGAGCGACUAACCGUGUCUGCAUUUCACCUCCCAAAUUAUGAUGGAAUAGUUUCACCAAUUUUGGAAACUAGAGAAGAGAAGUUGUUAUACAAGACAGUGAAAGUAGAAGAGUAUGCAAGACUUUUUUUCACAAACAAACUUGAAGGAAAGAGAGCCCUAGAUCAUGCGAAGUUAUCCCAAUAA